AAGUGAGUUACAUAACCUUGAAUUCAAUCACGAGAUUUCAGUAUUGAUCAGUAUUUUUUAUUGUUGACUAAAUUUAUAGGAUUAAUAUACAGACCUGACACGCUUGGGUGCUGACACAGAAAAAGAGCAAAUAUGCAUCGUGCACGGGUUGUACUUCAGGUGUCAAAUAAAGUCGGAAAUAGUGAGAGAUUCGCAUCAUGGCUCCUCAACAAACCACAGAAUGCUGGUGUGGCAGUAACCGCCAAUAGGUGGAAAAGUUCCACAGCGGCUGAACCCUUCCUCAAUGGCUCCAGCUCAGCAUAUGUGGAGACCAUGUACAACUCAUGGCUCUCGGACCCUAACUCUGUGCAUGCAUCUUGGGAUGCAUUUUUCCGCAAUGCAACCAAUGGUGCGCAACCCGGCGCUGCUUAUACAUCGCCACCUAACCUAGCGCCAUACAACAGAAACGAGGUACCGCUCACUGCUCUCGUGCCGACGUCUGGUGGCAUGCCUUCCAUUUCUGCAGGGUCACCUAUCAAUGAGAAGAUAAUUGACGACCAUCUUGCUGUUCAAGCUAUUAUAAGGAGUUACCAGGCUCGCGGUCACCUGGCGGCCGAUGUGGACCCGCUCGGCAUCACGACGGCCAACCUGCCCGAACUGGGCAUGCGCGCGCCGAACUCCGAGCUCAUCAUGAGGAAAUAUUUCAAAUUUGAUGAAGCCGACAUGGAUAGGGUAUUCAAACUGCCAUCUACCACAUUCAUUGGCGAAAAAGAAAAAGCUUUACCACUUAAGGAAAUCUUGAGCCGUUUGGAACAGGCAUACUGCAACAACAUUGGCAUUGAGUUCAUGUUUAUUAACUCGCUGGAACAGUGCAAUUGGAUUAGGCAGAGGAUGGAGCCCCCCAACGUCACCAAAAUGAGCCCUGACCAGAAGAGACUUAUUCUUGCACGUCUUACUAGGUCAACUGGAUUCGAGAAUUUCUUAGCAAAGAAAUGGUCAUCCGAAAAGCGUUUCGGUCUCGAAGGUUGUGAAAUUCUAAUUCCGGCAAUGAAACAGGUGAUCGACGUCUCCACACGUCUAGGCGUUGAAUCUAUCAUCAUGGGAAUGCCACACAGAGGUCGUCUAAAUGUAUUGGCUAAUGUUUGCCGUAAACCACUCCAUCAGCUGUUUACUCAAUUUGCUGGUCUUGAAGCGGAAGAUGAUGGAUCUGGUGACGUCAAAUAUCAUUUGGGUACAUACAUCGAGCGUUUGAACCGAGUAACAAACAAGAACAUUAGGCUGGCUGUUUGCGCUAACCCAUCCCACUUGGAAGCUGUCGACCCGGUUGUGCAAGGCAAGACAAGGGCUGAGCAGUUCUACAGGGGUGACAAUGAGGGCAAGAAGGUUAUGUCUAUCCUUCUUCACGGCGACGCUGCCUUUGCGGGUCAAGGCGUGGUGUUUGAGACAAUGCACUUGUCGGACCUUCCCGAGUACACAACACACGGCACCAUUCACAUCGUGGCAAACAACCAGAUCGGAUUCACAACUGAUCCCAGGCAUUCCCGCUCAUCUGCCUACUGCACAGAUGUGGCGCGCGUGGUGAAUGCCCCAAUCUUCCACGUCAACAGCGACAAUCCCGAGGCAGUCAUGCACGUAUGCAACGUGGCCGCUGAAUGGCGUGCUACCUUCCACAAGGAUGUCGUCAUCGACAUCGUCAGCUACCGCCGCAACGGUCACAACGAGGUGGACGAACCUAUGUUCACUCAGCCCCUCAUGUACCAGAAGAUCCGCAAGACUAAACCUGUCUUGGAGAAAUAUGCUGACCAACUGAUCGCCGAAGGAGUUGUUACCGCUGAAGAAGUGAAGGAUGUCAAAGAUAAAUACGAUAAAAUUUGCGAGGAUGCAUACAACCAGGCUAAGCAGGAAACACAUAUUAAAUACAAGGACUGGCUCGACUCACCGUGGUCUGGCUUCUUUGAGGGCAAAGACCCAUUGAAGAUGUCUCCUACUGGUGUCGUAGAGGAAACCCUGGUCCAUAUCGGAAAACGUUUUUCAUCGCCACCCCCGAACGCUGCCGAGUUCGAAGUACACAAAGGUUUAUUGCGUAUUCUUAAAUCACGAAUGGAGAUGGUUGAGAAUCGCACCGUGGACUGGGCUUUGGGGGAAGCUAUGGCGUUUGGAUCGCUUCUCAAGGAAGGAAUUCACGUCAGGCUGUCUGGUGAGGAUGUCGAGAGAGGAACAUUCUCUCACAGACAUCACGUUCUUCAUCAUCAAAAAGUCGACAAGGCGACUUACUGCCCACUGGCUCACCUGUACCCAGAUCAGGCUCCAUACACUGUUUGUAACAGCUCACUUUCUGAAUACGGCGUACUGGGCUUUGAAGUGGGUUACUCUGUGACCAACCCGAAUGCUCUUGUGCUGUGGGAGGCGCAGUUUGGCGAUUUCAACAAUGUGGCGCAGUGUAUCAUCGAUCAGUUCAUCUCGAGCGGGCAGGCCAAAUGGGUGCGCCAGUCUGGCAUCGUACUGCUGCAACCGCACGGCAUGGAGGGCAUGGGCCCUGAACAUUCUUGUGCUCGCCUGGAGAGAUUCUUGCAAAUGAGCUCCGACGACCCAGAUUACAUGCCACCUGAGAGCCCCGACUAUGAAGUGCGUCAAUUGCAUGACUGCAACUGGAUCGUGGCGAAUUGCUCGACUCCCGCGUCCUACUUCCAUAUCAUGCGCCGACAAAUCGCGUUGCCAUUCCGCAAGCCACUUAUCCUGAUGACGCCCAAAUCGCUCCUACGUCACCCCGAAUGUAAAUCAUCAUUCGACGAUAUGAAUGAAGGCACCUCCUUCAGAAGGGUGAUCCCAGAGGAAGGUCCAGCAUCCCAGAAUCCACAGAAGGUCCGCAAACUGGCCUUCUGCUCGGGCCGCGUCUACUAUGACUUGCUUAAGGAACGCCGCGAUAGAGGACUGGAAGGGGACAUCGCUAUUGCCAGAUUGGAGCAGAUCUCACCGUUCCCGUAUGAUCUGAUCAAGGCGGAAGUAGCUAAGUAUCCUAAUGCUCAGCUAGUGUGGAGCCAAGAGGAGCACAAGAACAUGGGAUCAUGGAGCUACAUCGAACCACGUUUCCGCACCCUCUUGCAAAACCAGAAACAACUCAGGGCAAAGUCCCAAUCACAAGGUUGGUUUAGUCAACUUUUCGGCAGUGGCCAGCAGUCUGCCCCACAAACUCAAUCGGAUACUGAAACAGUCCCACGCACUAUUAGCUACAACGGUAGAGCAACUGCUGCAUCUCCGGCUACUGGUUCGAAGGCGGCCCACAACAAGGAAUUGAAAAAUCUUCUCGACGAAUUCUGCGUAUUAUAAGCGACUUCACUACACAUACGAACACUUGGCUUCGACACGACUCGCCGAUGUCUAGUUUAGUAAUCCAAUAUGCCAUAGAGUAUAAACAUAUUUACCUAAAUCACCAGUAGGUACAAUCCAAACUCGAAACGUAAUUUAUCCUUACAUUAGUUUUUAUUGAAAUUGUAAUGUUAUUCUCUUCUACAUAACUGUCAGUAUUUGUUGUAAUUCUCCUCACGAUUAGCUAGUGUAGUUAGAUAAAUUCUAAUUUAUUUAUUUAAUGUAGCAUAAUAUGUGGUGUAGUUUGUAAACAUUAUUUAUUUUGGUACGUAAAGCCAAUGUCUGUUUAAUUUUCAUACUUCAAAGUAAGUGGCUAUGUGCAAAGUGGUAUAAUUUAUUUUUAACAUAGAGCAGAGUCAUUUACGCUUGUUAUUUUUGUGUAAAUAAAUAUUAUACAUUUAUUUUUUUAUUUCAUUAAUUACAUUUUCUAUUGUAUUUCUUGACGGGUAUAAUGUGGAGCUAAUUCUUUGGGGGGCUACUAAUUGGUUGUUCUUACAUAUAUGCCAUGCUAUGUUUGGUAUAUAUGAACAGGUCGUCUCUCCGUAAAGAUAUUGCUCUUUUCGUACCAUUUUACUAGUCUCUAAGUAAUUAUUUAGCAUCAGUAAGUAACACGACGUCGUCGUUAAUAACCAUAUUAUUCCAGCACAGCAAUGGUAAUAGUUCUGAAUUUAUUUAUUUUGUAGUGUAAAAUGUAUUACGUUAUAUUUUUCAUUAAUUUAUUUUCUUAGUUGCGAAAUAAAAGGGCUUUCUUUUAUUUUUGAAACCUUUCGCACUAAUGAUAUGAAAGGUUAAAAAAUAGCCAAAUAAGCAUAAUCCAAUUAUGGUUUUUGGAGAAGGUUAUUCAGUUUUAUGAAUUUGAACAUUGUCAAAUAACUUGAAAAUUAAUUUAAUACUACUACUCAACAUGCGUAGUAACGAUUUUAAAUAGAAAAAGACUACUAUUAUUUCUUAUUGCUUCAUUUUUUGGCGUAAAGAAAUAUAUUUUUCAUUUAUUUUUUGUUGUUGGUUAUUGUGACGACGUUCGCUCUAUCUUCUCUCGCGGAUGCAGAUCGCAAUCUUUAAAUCUAAAUAGUAAUAAUACGUGUUAAAGAAUUUUCGUGAGGCUGUUAGACAUCUGUUAUAAAUUUGUUAUCGUACUAUAUUGCACUAAGUAGUUGUUUACAUUGACAUUCGUGUAACGAUAUUAUAUAUGAGAUAUUAUUAGAUAGUAUUAAAAAUUACAGCAUAGUAAAUUGCACUGUAGAUCGUAACGUACGUUGGUAACAAAUUAUAGUAGCUAACGAUUUAUUUGUUGUCUAUGGUCGUUAUGUUUUGCAUCCGACCGUCCCUAUAUAGAUUUAGUUCGCUCAUAGUUACCGCCGUUCUGAACGGCUCGUGUAAGGAAUAACACCAAGGCCCAUCGCUUUGUAUAAACCAACGCAUAUUGUCUACGAGUUUGUUGUGACCUAAUCUGUAUGUAGAAUUUAAUAUCCUCUUCGUAAGUAGAAACGGCUGUUUACAAUUAUUGUACACUGUUUCUUAUUGUGGUUGAAAGGCCGCACAUGCAGGAAUGUCCUUGCACUUGUUAAAUUUUGUGGGUUUUGAUUUUUACCAUUUUACAUAAAUUAAUUCGUUGUUGUUAAUUACAGUAAAAUUUAACGAAAUUAUAUUUCAAGUAUAUCUAAAAGUAUUUGUAGGAAGUAUAUCUAAUACGAACAUAAA